CCACAACAAUGGUGGGGAGCAUCCGCCGGCUCGCCUACGCCCUGCUCAUCCUCGCAGCGGUGUAUACGGUCGGAAGGGUGCUGAGAAGCAGCUUGGACUUCUCGGCAACCCCGCUCACCAGCGGAGAGGGGCACUCCCACGCUCUUCAACACCUCACGAGCGCCCCGAAGCAAAUCUGGAACGACGAGCAGGGGCGAUACAAGUGGAUCGCGCAUGCAAAGCUGCGGCAGCUCACAGCGUGCCUCGCGCGCGGCGAUUGUCACCCCAACGCGGACAAGAUCGUCGUCUUCGCGAGCAACUUCUGUCACUGGGCCCUCGCGGAGCGCGAUGCCAUUCCUGGCGGCGAACAGGUGUGGUGCCAGGCCAUGGUGGGUCCUUCCGUUAGACGAGAGCGAUCUGACGUACAGAGGGACUCGUUCGAGCGGUCAGGCUUCACCCUCAUCAACGCCGGUCCGCAAGAUCACCAUUUCCUGCUUGACCUGUAUCGCGAAGUCGGCGAGAACAUCGUCUGGAUCCUGGGCGACGGCGGGCAGCCGCAGGAUGGGCGCGGCGUGUUCGGCGAUAUCGUCAAGUCGGAGCAACUGCCGGACGGCGUCCCAGCCUGGAAGUGGUUCCAGUUCGAGUACUCGCCUUCCGAGAUGGACACGAUUGUCGGCCCUGCGACUUGGCGCGCAAGUGCCGAACCGGAUAUGGCCAAGAACCUGACAAUCGAGUGGAGGGGAGACACGGCAGUGAUACACACCGAGUUUGACAACCUGCGUGUGUGGUCAAGCGAGGGCGACUUGCCAGGUCAGCCUCCAACUAGUGGCUGGUCGGCACAAGACGCGUCGACAUAUGUCGGUUGGGAUCUCGAUAUGCCCGACGACUUUGAAGUCGUGCCGUGGUCCGAGAGGCCAAAUCGCAUCUGGGUAUUGGGCAAGUUUCCCCGCUACUAUACAAGCUACCCCGCCUGGCCACCGGCAUUCUACACCGCGGCACACGAAGAACUGAGCAAAGAGUUUGAAGGGUUCGAGUUUGUCGGCUCGAUCCGUGUUGAGGACGCGGGACAAGAUAAGAUGGACGAUGUGCCUAGCGUCAUUCGCAACGUUGGUCGCAAAUCGCCCGACGAGUUUGACCAAGAGCUCAAGAACUGCAAGGGGCUACUGGGAAUCGGGCCGCCAGUCAACUCGCCGACGCCAUACCGGGCCCUGGCGAUGGGUGUGGCGUUCAUCAAUCCGCACGCGAUCCUGGACUGGGAAUUUGAGGGAGACAAGGAGCAGCGGCGCAACAUGUCACGCUGGGACGACGGCCAGCACAUCACGAUGAAGGGGAUGCCCGAGCCAUGGGUGUACCAGGCCGAGCGGGCAGUGUACGACGACUUUGUCGGCGCCAUACGCAAGGCGCUCUCGACGCAGACGCGGCCCGCUCGGUUCGCACGCAUGUCGCGUGGGGUGUACGACCGGCGACUGGCUGACAUUGCGCUGCGUGACUGGCGGCAAGAGGUCGAGAUCGCGCUGGAGCGUGGGAUCGGCCGGAAGGGCCUUUUGUUGUAGCUCCGCCGUCACACUUUGUUGUUGUUGGAAUGGAUGGAUUGUAUUCACUCGGCUACAUCUCCCCGAAAUCCUUGGAGCCCGUUCUGCCGUAAAUACCCGAUGCACCGAUGCCGCCGGUGGC